GUUCCAGAUCCUUCCACGACGUUCUUUUUUCUCUCUAUAUCAACUCACAUCACUUCCACUUUUUCUCUUCAUUCUCAAAUCUUUCUUUCACUCAUUCUUUUUCUUUGAUAAUUUUUUUUUUCUUUGCUGUUUUGAAUUGAUUUGAUGGCUUCAGAAGCUGAAAUUUCUGAAAUUUCUUCUUUAUUUGAAAGAAUGAUCCGAAACAGAGACAUGUCUCUGUUUUUACCCUUUAUGCUAAGCCUUUCACAAACUUUAAACAACAGCGACCCAGAUCAUGAAUCCGAAACCAAUGAAGAUUCCACUCCUCAAAGAAUCAUUUUUGUGAACCCUUUGACACAGAGUAUCACUGUAAUCGAUGGAGCUUCAAGCAUUGAAGAACUCUUUAACAACCUUGGAAGUUCUACAAAGAAUGGUCAACCACCGGCUACGAAGGAGUCUAUAGAAGCUAUGGACAAGAUUGAGAUUGAAGAAGGUGAUGGUGGUGAGUGUGUUGUUUGUUUGGAGGAAUUUGAGGUUGGUGGGGUUGUGAAGGAGAUGCCUUGUAAGCAUAGGUUUCAUGGAAAGUGUAUUGAGAAGUGGUUAGGGAUUCAUGGGUCUUGUCCUGUUUGUAGGUAUCAGAUGCCUGUUGAUCAGGAAGAUGAUGGUAAGAAAAGGGAGGAAGAAGAAGGUGGUGAGAGAAGAAGGGUUGGUGAUGGUGGUGGUGGUAACGGUGAAGUUUGGGUUAGUUUUUCUAUUAAUAGGAGUAGGAGAAAUCAAGAUCAAGAUUCUUCAUCCAACCCUAGAGAAGAUGAUGAUGAUGAAGUUGAGAAUUAAUUUUGUUGUUAGUUUUGUUAGGAUUUUGAUUUUCAAGUUGUUGAAUGAUAUGUAUAGGUGCAAAUGCACAAAAUUGGUUUUUCUAGUGGCAAUAAAUAUUGAUUUUUUUUAA